CGACCGCAGGUGGAUCUGGGUUCAGGGACAUGCUAGGAUGAGCGCGUACUGUGAAUCAGGGCGCAGCUCUCGCGUGCCACGUCAAUCCUGGGACCACCUUAGAGCCGCCGCGGCCAUGCAGGGGAGGCGCCACGCCAUAGACAAGGAACUUCCUCUCGGCAGAGGGGUCCAGGCAGGCAGUCCCUGCCACGGUCUGGUAGCGAGGAAUCUAUCUACGGCCCUCUGGUGGUCGAGAGACCCAUUUGUCAAAAAAAGGCCCGAUGGCAUUCUCGUUCACUCACGGCCGUUGGAUCCGAUUUCACGUGGUGGAGAGGGACUGCUGAGGCUCGCGAGUCCCAGGUCGCCUUGCUCGCUUGGUACACAAGUGAGAGCUGCCACAUCUUCAUCUUGGUGGGAUGAGCAGCAUUAUGCGAAUGACCUUACAUGGUAGCGGUCUCUCGCCCAACAAACUCAUCUCGCUCACGCGGCUCUCCCGUUUGUGAAGCUCGUCUGAAGCUGUCGAGGGUGAGGCGGAGUCUGGCAUCUCAGUCCCACCAGCGGCUGUGGGUCGCAGAUCGCAGGACUGCCAAGACAAAGCCUUUGCUAGGUUGCGAGCUCGACGACCUGCGAGCUGCGCUGCAGAACGGGCUUCGAGCGAUAUCUAGAGGCGGCCUUGCGUCGGUCCAGAGACGAGCUCGGAUCCGUAAUCCGAAGGCGGACGUACGAAGGCGUACUGUGGCAUCUUUCGCCGCUGUCGCUUGGCAUUGCUUUGAAGGUUACCAUUAGCCCGGAAAUCUUUCCAAGUUCCGUCUUUUCUGUUCCUUACCUUUUGCCCGUGCUCCAUGCGUCCUUGCGUCACCGUCAUUGUGUUCGAGCUGAAUCGAGCCAGCCAUGGUAUCCAGGACCUCGACUUCAACCCUCACGGUCCUUCUGCCGCCCUUCAUUUGCCGCUGUUCCAGCCUUUGGAAUGGCGACGGGACCAAAGUUCCGCGGAGUAAAUGCGAUUGGAUCCAAUUGGCGGGCCUCCGUAAGCAGAGCUGGGAGAAAAAUUUAUCUUGGGGCUAGAAGUACUCCGGAGGAGGCGGCCAGACUGCACGACAGGGCGGCGUACAAGCUCAAGGGCCCCGAUGCGGAGCUCAAUUUCGGCCUCUCGGAGGACGAGAAGGCGGACCUCGACGGCAAGUCGGAGCUGCAGUUCAUGGCGUCCGUUGCGCGAGAGAACCUCCUGCUCAAGAUGGGCCGCGGGUCGUCUCGAUUCAUGGGCGUAAAUUGGCAGAAAAAAAGUCAGAAAUGGGUUGCCACACUGUACGGAGGUCAGGGACAAAUGCACGUUGGCUUUUUCUCCACCGAGGAGGAGGCGGCCCAUGCACACGACGCCGCGUUGAUCGAGAGGGAUGGGCCCAACGCCAUGACCAACGCCAAGAUCUUCAGCGGCGAUUUCAGCGGCCUGCCUCCUGUGGGACGCGGCACUCAGCUGGCUCGUGGCGGGGGCAGCGGUGGAGCAGCGGUGGAGGGUAGCGGCGAGGGGGCGCGUGGGGAGGGGACGGCGCGUGGUGGAAGGGGCGGAUCAGCAAGAAGACGACGAAAAUCAGAUGCAGACGAGGGGACGACAUCUGAAGAGGAGGAUGAGACAGACGAGGAGACGGACGAGGAAGAGGAGUAUUAUGAUGAGGAUGAGGAGGAGGAGGGGGGAGGAGAAGAAGAAGAGGAGGAAGAGGAGGAGGAAGAUGAAGAGGAGGGGGAGGAGGCAGAGGAGAGGGGAAGUGGUGAGGGUGAGGGGGAGGGGUGCGGGCAUGCUGACGUGGGAAUUGACGAAUCUGGUGGCACUCGCAUCCCCACGCCUUGGGGUCUGGUUGACCCUGACUGCAUGCCUGGCUGGAUGAUCGCUGCUCUUGAGGACUAUGAGGAGGGACAGCAGCAGCAGGAGGAGGAGGAGGAGGAGGAGGAGGAGGAGGAGGAGGAGGAGGAGGAGGAGGAGGAGGAGGAGGAGGAGGAGGAGGAGGAGGAGGAGGAGGAGGAGGAGGAGGAGGAGGGGGAGGAAGAAGACGAGGAAGAGGAGGAGGAAGGAGGGGAGGGAGGAGAAGCGGGAGGCGCAGAGGGCGAGGGGGCAAGUCAGUCAACCGUCACUCGUGCCAAGAAGGCCAAGGCAGUGAAGCGCCAAGGCAGCAAGAACCCGUUCUUCUCCUUCCCCUCCCCGCCCAUCCGCACCUUCGACGACCCCGGGUACCAGCAGCGCGCAGCAGCACGCAAGGCUAAAACAGCCCAGUUCGCAUUGGAGCGCCUGGUGUUCUCCCUAGGCAUGAUGGCGGAGUUGGGCCUCAUAAAGCCUCUUACCAUGAGCAAGGAAGAGCUGCUGGCGAAUUGGGGAGUGGGCCAGGCUGAAGUGGACGCCUGGGAUGAGGAGAUGGGGCGGACGCCGAAGGGCGGAGGCGGAGGGGGGAGCCGUGGGGGGGAGGAGGGAACGGGGGGUGUGGGAGGGAGUGGUGGUGCUGUGGGGGAGGGCGGAGGAGUGGGAGGUGGUGAUGACGACGUGGGUGCAGCAGGGGAGACGGGUACUGCUGGCAAGCGCAAGUUUGCAACUGCCGGUAUUGCGGCUGGGGAGGACAACAGGCCCACGCUGAAGAAAUUCCGGGACCGUGUGAAAGAGAUGGUUGACUUGGAGUGGAACGACCCCACUGCCUUCGCCAACGGACGCAACUACGCUGAUGCCAUCAGGGACAACGAGCGGUGGGGCUAUACCCCUCGCAACACUGGGUUCCGCAUUGGCCGGUGCCUCGACCCGUUUGCUCCUCCGAGGCCCGGGCAGAUUCUUCCGGACCACCUGCGAACGGACCUGACCAUGGCUGAUCUGCGGCGCGGGCGGGAGAAGCUGUUUGGGCUGCCGGGGUUUGACUGGACUGCUUUCUGUGAGGAGUAUGAUGAGGAGGAGAGGAUCACGGCUGAGUUGAUGAGGGCUGAGAGGCAGGAGGUUGCGAGGCGCAAGGCAGAGAGCAAGAGGGGUGUGCAGGGUGGGAAAGGAGGGGGUGUGGGGGAGGGGGAAGAGGAGGGGGGGGAGGGGGACGACAAGGUGGGUGUGGGGCAGGAGCCUGACUGGGCGGCGCUGAGUGCGAGGGCGGAAGCAGUGAUGACGAGGGUGCAGGAGGCGGAGAAGAGGAUGGGCGGUAGUGAUGAUGGGAGGGGCGGGGGUAGUGGUGGUGCUGGUGGGUUGGAGGGUCUUGGUGGGGAGUGAUGGGUGGGUGGGUUGGGUGGUUAUGGCGGACAGCGCCUUCCUUCCUUUUUGGUAGUUCUUUGAUCUGGGACAGAGCAAGCAUGUUUGUUUCCCAUCCCAAUCCCCCCCUUCCCCUUGUACAUAGAUAAUUUUCUUUGCCCAAUUUGAUGUUUUUUGUCAAUGAAUUGUGUGUUGAACC